UGCCGGUUUAAAGCCCAACAGUCCCCACUGAUAGGUCGACCGGGCACGAGGCGGCCUCCCAUCGUCCGCAUCCUUAUCCGGCGUCUCCGUUUGAUUAACUCCCCAACUCGGGCGCAAUCCAGUCCCGUUCCUUUCUUUCUCUCCCUCUCUCUAUCCUUGAAUAGUUGUAUAUAUAUACAGCACUGGCCUUUAUAUCUACGUAUUCACAUGUGCUUGUGUUUUUUGCACAUCCUCAUCCGGAUGUCGGAUUUGCGCCUGACUUCCCGUGUUCAUCGUUAUGCCUAAUCGGAUGCCGGUACAUGACGCGCGCGCCCGGGGAUAAUCCAGUUGGCGUGAUGUGGACAUAAAAGAUUACUGAAUUUCCUUUACCGCCACGCUUGUACAGGAGUCUCUGCAGCACAAUGCCCAAGACAGUGGAGACGUUAACGGUAACACGCUGGAAGCAUGAUGUCACGAAUAAUCAUCUGAAGGGUCGGGAAAAACAGGCGACCGGUGCCGGUAACGGGGAUCAGCUGUUGCCGGCCAAGAUUAGUCUGGCCAGCGGCAUUUGUAUUAUUGUCGGGACCAUUAUCGGAUCGGGGAUUUUCAUUACGCCCAGUGGGGUAUUAAAAGGCGCCGGAAGCGUAGGUUUGGCCUUGAUUAUCUGGAUCGCGUGUGGACUUUACUCGUUCCUGGGCGCUCUAUGCUACGCUGAGCUGGGCACAUCCAUUAAGCGCAGUGGCGCGGAUUAUGCCUACAUCUACGAAGCUUUUGGACCGUUUCUGGCCUUCGUCAGACUGUGGAUUGAGUGUUUGAUUAUUCGACCGGGAUGCCAGACCAUUGUGGCGUUAACGUUUGCCCAAUACAUCCUGCAGCCGUUCUACGCCGAUGUGCCCUCAUCCGCGCCGACCAUCACGCUGGCCGUUGUGUGCAUCCUGAUCCUUACGUUGGUCAACUGUUGGGAUGUCCAGCUCGCUCUGGCUACACAGAAUGUCCUGACGAUCUUUAAAGUCUUGGGAUUGGUUUGUGUUAUUGUCACUGGAUUUGUACAGCUUUGCUUAGGGCAAACAAGAAAUUUCGAGAACCCUUUUGCCGGAACAACGCACAGUGCCUACGACGUAUCGGUGGCCUUUUACCGCUGUCUUUUUGCAUACUACGGAUGGAACUCCCUCAAUUUUGUCAGCGAAGAAGUAAAGAGACCACACAAGAAUCUAAAACGGGCGCUUGUUAUCUCGUGCCUUCUCUGCACCACACUGUACUUCCUGACCAAUGUGGCAUUCUUCACCACCAUCUCCGCCAAUGAGAUGCGCGAGAACGCCGCCGUGCCCUUUACCUUUGCUAACAUCCUGUACGGUCCGCUGGCCUGGUUAAUGUCGCUGCUGGUGGCCGUGUCAUCGUUCGGCGCCGGCAAUGGCAUUGUCUUCACGUCGGCCCGCCUUUUAUGGGUGGGCGCCAAAGAACAUCAAUUACCGCAACUGCUUGGAAUGAUCCAAAUGUACCGCGGCACGCCGAUACCGGCCAUCAUCUUCACGGCCAUCCUCUCCCUGAUAUACUUGUUCUUUGGGAACGUCUUUUCACUGAUUUAUUUCUUUUCCGCGGUUAACUGGCUGGCCAUUGCCGCCGGCGUCUUUGUACUCAUUUGGAUGCGAUGGAAGCGGCCAGAUUUAACGCGACCUUAUAAAGCGUCGCUGGUCUGGCCAAUCGUGUACUUAAUAUGUACCAUAUAUUUCAUCUUUCCUCCUUUGUAUGAAGAUUUAUUGGACACCGGCGUUGGUGUUCUGAUCAUGCUUACUGCUGUGCCUGUUUAUUUUUUCCUUGUCAAGCCUUAUUAUCGACCAGAUUUUCUUGACCGAUGGACAGGAGCUUUUACGCGUGGCGUGCAAAAAGCGCUGCUUGUAUAUUAGGAAUUGCCGGGCACUCCAUUAAGAAGCAUUUGUACAAGACACAUUUGUCUGCUCAAGAGGGUUAAUUCAGUCGACAAAUUUCCGGUUUUUUUGUACGUGAGGUUUCCUGUGAAUGUCUGCACAAACGGUCUGCAUAUGUUUUUCAGCUGAUCUUUAUUGGAGAUUAUUUUGACGUAGAAAAUGGGUGGAGAAGUAGAUGAAUGUAUUUUGUU